AUGUCUGAUUGUGCCGGUGAUAAUUCAAAACCACGAGUUGUGGUUUUAGGAGGGUGCGGUUUCAUCGGCCGGAACCUUGUGGAGUACUUGAUAUCCAAUGACCUGGUGAGCGGGCUACGCGUCGUGGACAAAACUCCACCACAACUGGCCUUCUUGAACCCAACACAUAGCAAGAUCUUCGAAGACCCCCGUAUAGAAUAUAAAAGCGCGAACCUAAUUAAUGCCACAUCAUGCGCCUCAGCCCUGGAUCCUGGAGACGGAGCCGUUUGGGGCCUGGUGGUGAACUGUGCUGGCGAGACCAGGGUGGGGCAGACGGAGGCAGUAUACUCCGAAGGCAUCUACACUCUGAGUGUGAAUGUAGCUCGGCAGUGCGCCAAGCUGAAGGUGGAUAGACUGAUCGAGAUCUCCAGCGGACAGAUGCAUAGUAGUGAUAAGCCACAAAAAGAAGACUGCGCCGUAGAGCCGUGGACCACGGAAGCCAAGAUGAAGAGUAAAGUAGAGAAGGAGUUGAAGAAUAUGAAUGGAGAGUUGAACUAUACCAUCAUCAGGCCUGCCAUCGUGUACGGGAUCGGAGACCGGAGGAGUUUAACACCCCGCCUCCUCUACGGCGGCAUCUACAAGCACCUCAACGAAACUAUGAAGCUCCUAUGGACAGCAGACCUGAAGAUGAACACAGUCCACGUGAGAGACGUCUGCCGGGCCGUCUGGACCUUGGGCAGGCACCCAGAAGCCAACAAGCAGGUCUACAAUGUGGUUGAUGACGCUAACAGCACCCAAGGUGCCUUAGCCGAGCUCGUUGCCGAUAUAUUCAAAAUACAACACGAUUACUAUGGAACUGCUAUUUCUACGCUUGCUAAGACGGACAUAGCAUCAGUAGCAGAGGAAGCGAACGACAAGCACCUGACGGCGUGGGCCGAGCUGUGCAGUAAGUACGGGCUGCAACACACGCCGCUGGAGCCGAGCGCGGGGCACGAGCUGUUGCUCAACAAACAACUCUGUCUCGACGGCAGGAAGCUGCGCGCCCUGCUGCAGCUCGAUGUACCCGCGCCUACUAUUGAUAAACUGAAGGAGGUACUGGAAGACUAUGCUUCCAUGAAUCUGUUCCCAAAGGAGCUGCUCCUAUGA